CGGGAAUGCGGAGUUUGUUGCGGAGAGUCCAGACCGAGACCAGAUCAGGGGGGGUUGAUGAUGUAAGCCUGAGCCGAGCCUCAAGUUCUUUUUUACGCAGAUCGGCCGAUCCGAGUGAACCAGCUUGCCCCCACCCUAAAACCUUCACCCCAAAGAGCCCCACAGUCAUUCCUUCAUCCAUUCUCUCCUAGAUCCGAUCACAAAGACGAAAGAAAAAAAGGGAAGAUUGGUUUUUAUAGAAAUUCUUAUACCAACAUGGUCAAGGAAAUCACUUGCAGUGCUCCAGUGAACAUAGCAGUAAUAAAGUAUUGGGGAAAACGAGACAAGAAGUUGAUCCUGCCGACGAAUUCGUCCCUCUCAGUCACCCUCGACCAACACGAUCUCCGCUCCACCACGACCGCCAGAUUACUAGAGCCCAGCCAUAAGAAUGGCCAGGUCGGAGAGGAGGAGGAGGACCAACUCUGGCUGAAUGGCGCCCGGCAACCGAUCGAGAAAGACUCGCGAUUGAGCAAUUGCUUGAAGGAGCUUCGCAAGCUGAAGGCCCACUUCGAACUCCAGCAGCCGAAAACUGAGGCUUCUUUGCCAGAGUCACGACGGGCGCUCUUAAUAGCAUCCGAGAACAACUUCCCAACGGCCGCCGGUCUUGCCUCUUCAGCCUCUGGCUUUGCAGCGCUAGUGUACACGAUCAGCAAGUUAUACGAGCUGCCGAUCGAGAUGACGGAGCUCUCGAAGAUAGCCCGACAAGGAUCGGGCUCGGCGUGUCGGUCGAUCUUUGGGGGGUUUGUCUCCUGGGAGAUGGGGGCUGCGAGUGACGGGUCGGACUCGAUGGCGGUGUCGGUAGCCGAACGGUCGGAUUGGCCGGACUUGGAAGCCUUGAUCUGUGUGGUGAGUGAUCGGAAGAAAGGGACGAGCUCGACGAGCGGGAUGGAUGGGAGUGUCCAGACGAGCGAAUUGCUGCAACACCGGAUCGAGAAGGUGGUGCCUGAACGGAUGAAGCGGAUGAAGUCGGCGAUCAAGCAGAAAGACUUCGACAGCUUCGCCGCACUCACGAUGGCCGAUUCCAACCAAUUCCAUGCCGUCUGUCUCGACACUCAGCCGCCGAUCUUCUAUCUCAACGACGUCUCCCGCUCCAUCAUCGCUGUCAUCGAAGAGCUCAAUCGAGCCUCCAAGGCCGAAGGCGACGGUUGUCUCGCCGCUUACACCUUCGACGCCGGCCCCAAUGCGGUGAUCUAUGCCCCCAAGAGGAACAUGCGCAAACUCCUCAACCUCAUCCUCCACUACUUCCCUCUGCCCGACUCGGACCCGUUCACAGACCCUAAGGCCUACUUCGAUCUCUCCAAAGAGACCCCCGGCCAACUCGCGUUACCAAUCCACUUCAACCACAACAUCUCUCCUGUUUGGAAGCAAGGAAGUAUCAGUAGGUUGAUUCAUACCCAAGUCGGCGAUGGCCCUCAAGUGCUCAAUAACCAACUCGGUCAAGGUUUGCUCACCGUCGACGGCCUCGUCAAAUCCCUCAAAAACCCCACAAACGGUCAUUAACUCUCACCCACUCUUAUAAUAUCCUAGACUUCACUUCUCUCUCUCCCCCUUACUUCCAUUAUCUAUCUUGUAUUCCAAUGUUGACCUCAUGAUGUGUUCCUGAAAUCAGCCAAACAAAAAUACCCAAAUCGCCCCUUCCAUCUCAUUUGUAUGUGUGUUUGUAAUGAGAUCAACGUUGUGAUGGUUGGAUCGUCCAUCCAAUCGAGUCCACAUGGAGGAGCUGUGCACUACAUAGUCAAGAGCGUCUCAAUGUGAACUGGCUGAUCAAUGCCCAGAUAGAUGGCACAUGGUUUCCUCAACAAGACAUCCGUUAUUCGAGGGACGGGCUGUCAGCCUCUUCUGCUUUUUUUUUUUCCUAUCAAGUAUGUAAGUUGAGGGAUGGCGG